AUGUAAAGUGUUAAAAAAGAAAAUAAUACAAAAAUCUAGAGAAAAAUAGUUAGUUACCCAUUUAGUCAAAAAGAAAAGUAAUUCAUAAAAGAAACAAACAAAUAAAUACAGAAAGACAGACACAUAUAGAGGAACAAAGAAACAAAUACAAGCAGACACUCAAACUAAACAAUCAUAAUAUAUAUUAAGAUAAUUAAAUUAAGCAUAAACAGAAAAUAGUAGAUACAGACAAAAUCUCAAUACAAACAAGCAAGCAAGCAAAAAAACAAACAAAUUAAAAAAAAACAAUAAUACAAAUUUUACACUCUCAAAAACAUUGAUUUAUAUAGAAUCAGAAAUAUAUCAAAAAUAUUAGCUAUCAUGGUUGAUCGCAGAGCAUGGAGUGAUGAUGAAGAUAAGGCAAUUAGAGACCUAGUGAAUACAUUUGGUAUAAAAAAGUGGACUAUAGUUGCCUAAAAAAUGGAAGAGUUAUAUAACUUGAGUGGUCGUUCAGGAAAGCAGUGUCGUGAAAGAUGGCACAAUCAUUUAGAUCCUCAUAUUAAUAAGUAGCCUUGGACAGAAGAAGAAGAAAAAAUUAUAUUUGAAAAUCAUAAAAAAUGCGGAAAUAAAUGGGCUGAGAUAGCACGUCAUUUACCAGGAAGAACUGAUAACUCUAUAAAGAACCACUUCUAUUCUACAUUAAGAAGGUCACUCAGACGUAUCAAUAAAUUACUUGGAGAUAAAAACAGUACUGCAUAAGUUAAGGAUAUAAAACCUGGGGUCCUUUCAAAGAUUUUUAUUCUUGCAGAGAAGGAUGUUAAUGAAAUCAAAGAUGAAGAUAUGAGAAAAUUAAGUAUAGCGUGUAAAGGUUUGUAGGAUUCCCUUUUAGAGUUUGCAAAUCAUAAGCCUCUUAAAUCAAACAAGAAGAAUGGCGAGAAUAAGAAUGUCUUUCAAGAAUAGUCCUUCAAAACAUUGAUUGAGAAGAUUUUAGAAUUUAAUUCACUAUACAAGAAGAAGAGAGAAUAAAAGCUCAAGGAAAAAGAAAAAAAAAUUCUUACUAAACGUAGUGGUGGAUCUAGUAAAGGCAGAAAGGAUGAUUAAAGUGAUGACGAUUUAUUUGAUUAGGAUGACGAUGAUGAAAGCUAGGCUGAAGAAGAAAAUGAAGCUGCAGAAAAUAGCAAUUCAAAUAAUACAAAUAAAAAUCAAGCAAAUGAUAAUGCUAACAGUAAUGCAAAAUCAAAAUUAUAAUUGAAUGGCGCAUCCAAAGAAAAAAGUAGCAACUCUCAAAAUGGAAAAAGUAGCAAAAAAGAGUAGUAGCUUGAUGAUAUUUUGAAAAGCAAAAUAAGAAGUGGUGAUAAAAAUAUUUUUAAAAUAGUCAAUAAUAAAAACUAAAAGCAAGAUUAGCUAAAUAGACAAAUGGUGAUGCCACAACUUUAUUCUAUCAACCCAGCAUAGGCAUUAAACUUCCUUCCAGAAUUUAUUCUUGACCCUAGUAAAUUUUUAAAUCCUGCACUUAAUUAGCUGUUUGAUUAAGCCAUCUUAGCCCAAUAACCGUAUCUUAUGGGUCUUUAUUCAGGUGGUGCUGAUAUGGAAAACUAUUAAUCCUUUUUCGAAGAUUAAAAUUAAGAUUUUAAUGAUCAAGGAUACUAAUAUGAUGGCUUUUAAAAUAGAAAGAAAAGUCCAUUUACACCUAAUGGAAAUGGAAUUCCUAAAAAAGAAUUUGAAUCAGAUUAGAAUGAUCACCAUAUUAACUACAGCUUACCUUAAUCUAGAAGAUAUGAUCACCAACCUUUAGAUCCAAAUUUUGGCAUGCCAAGCUUCUUAAAUUAAUAAUAACUACUUUUUAAUGCAAACGAAUCUCCAAAUUUCUAAAACAUAUAAAGCCCUGGAUCGAGCUUUAGGUAUUUAUACAAUCCUUUCCCUUAGACUCCAUAAUAUCAUAUGAAAUAAAAUGGUACUGGAUUUACCCCAAGAAACAAGAUUAUUUAAGGAAUUGGAAAGAGCCAAUUUGAUGAAAGCUAAGCAUUUAACAGUAACAAUUAGAUUAAGAGCUUAAAAAAUAGUAAUAGUAAUGAGAGCUAAGAUUAGCACUAGAGCAGCUAAAGUUUACAUAAUAACAGUAAUAGCAAAUUUAUAAAAUCUAAUUUUGGUUCCAUUACAAAAGAUGAGCAAUAUCUUACAAAAAUAGCAAAUGAAGUAAAGAAUGAAAUCUAGGCUAACGAUUAGAAAUUCAAAAAGAAAUAGACUUAAAUAAUUUAACUAAAUAACAAUGUGGGAGGUUUGUCAAGCAAUAGUUAAAAUGGUUAUAAUAAUAAGGCUUAGAAUAACUCAAUUCGUCAAGAAUCUAAUGGAAAUGCAGCUCAUAACUCUAAUUCAAAUAAUAAUAAUAACAAUAAUCAGAAUACCAAUAAUGAUGAAAUGUGUUUAGACAUAGAUUUAAUCGAAGAAACCUAUAAUGAUGCAAGUAAAAUGUAUAUAGAAGUAUCAUCAAACCGUCAUAAUAAAUAACUAUUGUUGUCUCCACAUUCUCCUUUUGUGAUGCACAAAUAGCACUAAAAAUAUUAAACUAACUAGCAUCCUUUAAAUCAAUAACUUAAUGGUGUUUUCUCCUCCUAGAAUUUAAACGGAUCAACAAAUUAAACUUCAAGCAAUAAUAGUAAUUCAAAUCAAAAUUUUGCCUAAGGUUUUGGAAGCAACAUAGCCAUGAUGACAAGCAACUUAUCUACAAGGAUAGGUAGCAAUAACAGCAACAACAAUGGAAAAAACAAUGAGUAGAAUUCUAGUAACUAAAAUUUAAAUUCGUUUAAUCCUUACCUGUAAAUAUAAUCUUGA